AUGCAAUUUGAAUUAGUACGACACUUGGUGAGAGAAGUAAUGUUAGCCAAGUUCACCGCUUGGGAGCUGUGUGUGAGUUGUGACGCCUUCUAGAGCCAGCGUCCUGGGCUGCUCGGCACUCUCUCCGGAAAGCUUGGAGAAAAAAAAAACGUGUUUGCACUCGCCUAUUUCUGUUGCCUACGGCUUUAACUCGCUUUACUUGCCACUGGCAUCAUUUAUAAAUCGGACGAGCCGUGUGUGGUUUGCGCAGUUAUCUAGUUGACAGAGUAUCGGAGGCAUAUCGAUUUAGGGCCGUGUCUCCAGCAGGGCCGCACGCCAGCCUCUCACACCGUUUCCGUCUCAUCUCGAAGCUCUCACACACCCACAGCCGCAAGUAACCGCUCAGUUUGCGUGCUACAUGGUUGGGUCGAGGAGCGAUCCACCCGAUUAUGUGGCACAUUGUCGACGUGCGAAACUUGACUGCUGAAUCAUUUGCUCGAGCCGCGCUCAUUCUUGCCGUCGACUUACUUCUGAUCGUCACGUCACUUCUCAACAUCUUUGUCAUCGCUUAUACGCCAGAUCUUUACGACGUCAUCGGAUGUUACCUGGUGAGGCUGUCUUUCUGUUUCAUUUUUCUUGAUCAGACUCAGUAUUUGUAGAAUAAAAACAGAAAGUUCAAAAAAAGGAUCGUAAGUAUUUUUUGUUGAAAUGAAUCUACUUUCGAUAGGGUAUUACUACUGAAUCCUCUACCAGCUGUGAUUUCUGUAAAAAGAAGACUCGCAGCUUGCAGAUUUUGCUUGAAAGCACGUUUUGAAUUUUUUGAAAUCGUUGCCACGUUUUGGUUUUCGAGUUUCUCUUCUGAAAAACUUUUGCAUUUUUCGAUUUUUACUCACUAUUCCGUUUUUUUGCUUUGUAUUUUCACAGUUAUGUAGUUUUCUGGAAAAAGAAAGAUAUUUAAAGUAGCUGUCCAAAUUUUCUACUUUUAUCAUUAUCAUAAAUCGUGUUUCUGUCAUAAUUUUUGAGCCUCUAGGGAGAAAUAGAAAGAAGUGUGUAUACUCUGAUGGCCUUUUUAGAUUUCGCUGUCAGUAGCCGACUUACUGUCUGCAGUGAUCGUCAUCCCACUCAGCGUGUAUUCUACCCUCGACGUUCAAUGGCGCAUUGCAGGCGACAAUUCCUAUCUUUGUAAAGGAGCCGCUUAUGCACAAAUUGCGCUUUUUUGCUCGACAGUGUACACAUUUGCAUGGAUAUGUAUCGACCGGUGAGUCUUUUUUGUGUGAACACAACUUGUGCUCGAAAAUUUGUGAACUUUUUAAUUGUCUUAACUUUUUUCAACUCACUAAUACAAGUGAACUCGAAAAAGCAAAAUUUUUCUUCUUGAUGAAUAUCUCCAUCUGGUGUUCGGCUCUUCUUUGAUUACUGUACUUAAAAUGCUCUAAUCGAAAAAGAAGCGGUUUAGCAGCUGAAAGCAAAUCCUCGGCUUUUUUUUUCUAAGAAGAGCUUUCUAAGAGCUCCAUAGAACGCUAUAAUCCUUUGAGUGCUUCUAUUCCUCAAAAACAUGCUUCUUUUUUGGUAGUGUGAGAUAUCCGUUAUGCAGCGAGUCCGAAUAGGACAAAUGAGAGGCUCCGGCGUUUUCAUGACAACAAGGCGGUUCUGAGGCGACAACACGCGAACCAGGAUCAUUCAUGCCUAAUUUUCGCACGUUUCCCUCUGUGUUCAAAAAAGAGAGAAAAGAGAACCACCGAGAGAAAAUCGAAAAUAAUUUUUCGACUAUUAAAUGAGCGCCGAGCAGAAACAAAAAUUGCAGGUUGCUAGCGUUGAAAGACUUUUCGCGGAAAUGAAAAUGUGCGGUUGCUCGAAAAAAAAACUGCGAAAAACAAGUUUUUGACAAACAUACCAAGUUAAAUAUUAAAAAUCGCAAAAAAGUUUUAAAUGUUCAAAAUCACUCUUCAUAUCUUGACGAAGGAUGUUUGUUAUAAAUCGAUUGCCGCAUUUGUUGAGCUCGCUUAAGUUUCCAACGGGCAAAAUCAAAUUUUGAUGAACUCUGACCACAAAAUAGUUGAAAUUUUAUAGAAGGAAGGCCAAAUUCGGGUUCUAUUACUUUUAGGCAAAAAAAAGCGACUGCCUGGCAAAAAAUGGCAGUCAUCAUAGUUUGCCGUUUCAAGCCCAAAGAACAAGAAUUUUUCAAAGCUUUCGCAUUUUUUGAGAGUUCUGGUUAAUAGUGAGAUGAUUCUUUUUUUUUAAGUUCCUUUUUCUCAACCUUUUCUAUAUAUCCAAUGACGCACAAGGACAAGCCUUUUUCGACAAAAAAUACCGUUCCAAAUAAUAUUGCUUCUUGGAUGAAUUAGAAACCGACAAAAACGAGCCGCAUUUCUUUCAUGCCAACCUAAUACUUUCCUUUUAAAACAAAUAUAUGAUUUUGUUAGGAUUAUUUUAGAUCGGAGUUUGCAAGUGUUUCAAACUGAAAUUAAAAAGAAAAAAAGAAGAAAUAUUUUUCAAGCAGCGUUUGAGAAAGUGAAAAAAUUAUGUUCCCAACUUGGAAAAUUUAUGUUCAUACAGUUUGAAAACAAACUCCUAUUUUCGAAAUGUUCUGAAUUUUAUUUUUCAAGCUACUCUGCCAUGAUGAAGCCGUCACGAUACAGCGAACAGUCCUUGACGAGGUGCAAAUGUUGGAUUGUGUUCAGCUGGCUCACCUCCAUCCUGCUGUGUUGUCCGAUUUUGGUUGCAAGAAUGCAGGUUCUUUUUCAAACUUUUUUCUCAUUUUUGUUUUCGCAACGCCCUACGGCGCAAUUACUGUUUUCAUUUUUCAAAAAGUUCUACAUCCCUCUUUUCCAAAAAACAAAGGAUGAAAGAGAAAAAUUGCAAUCGCCUAGGAGAAGUAAUUAUUUUCAGGUUAUUUUCUACCAAGACGCUCAAUUAUGUGUGCUCGAUUGGACAGCGACGUCUGCUUAUAGGUUUUAAUUAUACUUUUUUGAAUUUCUCAUUAGCACCGCAAAGCUUCUCUUCACCUCUAUUAUCCUUAAAAAUCAAAUUUUUGAAUUUUCUUGCUCAUCACAUUUUUUCAGUAUGACACUGCUAGCGUUAGUGUUUUUGCCUACACUCGUUACUGUGGUCAACACGGGUUAUAAAAUAGUUGCGGCCAUGAGAAAUCCGGACGCUGUGAGUUUUUUUUCUGCUGUGUGUUAUUUUCCUAUCGAUAUUAUUCUUACAUACAACGUUUUUACACUUUUUUUCGAACGUUCCCCGCAUAAUUGUUAAUUUUUGAAAAAUAGAAAUAUCUUCCCGAAAAUUGAGAAAAAAAUUGGAAGAGUAACCAAAAAAACUUUCAGAAAGUAAAACCAAUAGCCAAAAGAUUAUGGUAACUUCGACGAUUUUCUCGAAAAGCCUCAGUCGUUGGAAAAUUUUUCCUUCUGUCGAAAUCGAAGAUUUCAUCUAAUGAACUGGGUUAUUUCCCACACAAGAUAAAUUUGAAUGAACUCAUUCUUGAGUGUUGAUUUAUUUGAAUCUCCGGAUUUGGAAUGCAUCUUUAAACUUUUACAUGAAUGCCUUAAUCACGAAUCGGUUUUGGAAUUAAUUUAUUUUUUCAGCUGGACGAUAUUCAGCGAAUGGUGAUUGAGACGGAUCCGAACUUUGUUUUGACGAUUUUUCUUCUCGUCUCUUUUGUCUUGUCUUGGUUGCCGCUACUGUGUCUAAAAAUAUACGAAUACUUGGUUAUUCCGCAAACCGAUUCAGAUUUGUCCAUGGUAAGUCAAAUUAGGAAAAAUGAAUUUUUAUCAUUCCAAUUAUCAAUUUAUCUGAAAGUAGCUGAGAGCAUAUGCAGAGGUUAUAUUAUUACUGCUAAUGGGAAACUUUUCAUUCUACUGUCAAAAUUUUAUUAGCUUUGAAAAUGAGAAAAUCAUAGUUUCCACGGGACUCCUUCGGCCAGCUACGUUGAUUAUGUUUGUUUUUUUUUUCAAGUUUAGUUUUUUUCACCUUGUCGAUAGGUACAGCUUCUAAAAACAAAUCGAUUACUUGUUUGGAAAAAACCAAAACCUUUUCCAAGUUGAUUAGCAUGUUGCAGGUGACUUUCAUCUUUGUGUGGCUGGCGAUAGCCGGACCAUGCUGUAAAUUUCUCAUCUACAUGUUCAUCAACAGCUCUUUCCGCAAGUCUCUGGUUUCGUCUUUGGCGUGUACGAUCUGCUGUUCUUCCGAACGACAAUCGCGCUACGACUACCACGACAUAGGCAACAAUUCUUAUCUUUAG